UCUGGCUACGAGCAUGAACAAUUUCAACAUUCCACCAUUAUUUCACUUCAUCCCGCACUAUCUCCUAUCACUGAAUUCAUUGCCGAAUUUGAAAACAAGCAGUGAGCCAAAAGAUGUCACCGCAACUGGAUGUUGAGAUCUCCAAAGGUUGCAUAGAAUCCGAAAAAGAUAGUUACCAGAAGAACGAGAACAAUCAAACAAUCAAGUUCGAUGCCGCCUUGGAGCUGAUUGGGUUCGGAAGAGCCCAGAUAGAGAUCGUUUUGCUAUGUGGAGUGACUAUUAUGGCCACGAUUUGUGAAACAAUGGGUAUAAGUGUUAUAAUACCGGCAUCAAAGUGUGACAUAUCGAUGAGUACCGGCAAUCGAGGGCUUCUCAGUGGAGCGACGUUCCUUGGUAUCGUAUUAUCGUCCUAUGUGUGGGGAUAUCUAUCGGAUACACAAGGUCGCCGAAAAAUGAUGCAAUACGGUCUGUACGCCACAGGAAUUUGUGCGCUAUUAUCUAGUUUCGCUAAUGAUUUUGCAUCACUUCUGGUGCUCCGUUUAAUUGGAGGUGUUUGCAUAUCUGCACCAUCGGCAACGGUUUUCCCAUACUUAGGAGAAUUUUGUACACCUUCAAAACGAGCACAGGUGAUUUCAUUCGCUUCAAUAGCGGCAAUGGUAGCAAUGGCUUACAUAGCAUUGAUCGGUUGGUGGAUUCUCUCCUAUGACUUUUCCUUGAAGCUGGGGGAAAACUAUUUCUACAAGCCAUGGCGCCUGCUCUUCAUCAUGUACACGAUUCCUGGAUUGGUUGCGGCUUUCACAUUUCGAUUAGUUCCGGAGAGCCCGAAAUUCUAUAACGCCAUCGGAAAAACACAACGUGCACUAGAAGUUCUGCAGCAUUGUUACCUUAAGAAUAGAGGAACACUCUUAGGAUUUUCCGAAUAUCGUUUGGAUUCUGAACCGGAAAGCUCUUAUCGGAAGCUGGGACUUCUUCCAUCUUUACGGCAACAAACCCUUCCCUUGCUCAAAUGGCCAUUGCUGUUAUAUUUUAUGGUUUGCUGUUUGCAGCAGAUUAGUGCAUUUGCGGUAUAUGGCGGAUUAGGACUAUGGUACCCAGAACUCAUGAAUCAAGUAACGUCUUCUACGGACAACUUAUCCAUCUGUGCCGUAGUGAAAGGUGCUCAAAUGAAAAAUCCUGCGCAAAUCUCCACAGAUGGCAACUGCACAGCCCUCAUCAAUGAGGAAACGUUCAUUUAUAUCCUUAUUUUGGCAGCAUUCGGAACAUCGUUCGCUGUAAUAAUUUCUAUUCUGCUGAGCAUAAUUGACCAGAAAACGAUGACGGUUUAUAGCUUUCUGGUGGCAGCUAGUGCCGGGGUUGGACUGCUUUUUACCACUAAUCGCUACUUGAUGGUUGUACUAUUUUGCAGUGAGGUGUCCUUGGCAGGAUAUACGAUGGUGCUUGUCAACGGGAUUGCUGUUUCAAUAUUCCCGACGCACAUAAGGGCCAUGGCUGUGUCGCUGAGUAUGAUGAUGGCCCGAUUGAGCAGUUUCACAUUCAGCAGUUUGAUUGGAUUGAUAAUGGAGGAUCACUGUGAAGCGACAUUCUACAUGUUUUCUGGUAUUUUGAUUUUAGGUGCAACUUUGAUAAUAUUUUUGCCUUCAAAUAGAUUAUCAUAAAUAAUACAUACAGUAAAGUGUGUGAAAUGCUUAUGAGUAGUUAUUCUUGUUCUUUCGUUACUGCAAUAAACAUUGGUUUCCAGAACUUU